AUGGCCUACCAACGCCUCGACCAAGCGGCCUCUUCUCAACCUCAAGCAUUUCCCACCAAUAUCUCGUCAUACUUUCGACGGCCUACCAAGGUAGUGAAAACCAACAGCAGAGGCAGCAGUCCGAAGAACUUGUCAAGAAGGAGGACUACCGCUUCCCACUCUACUAGACAUCACGUGGCAUCGAAAGGAUCUAUCUCCAACUACAACACACCUGUCGGUGGUAGCAACAAUACCGUAGCGACCACGCGACCCACCAGCUGGCAUCCAAACUCAGCGGCCAAGGCAACACCCAUGAACGAUUGGAUGAGUUCAUGCCAAUUCCCCGAUUCGACAUACGCUACGUACUUUCCCAAUUCUUUCGCAACCACCGAAGUCAAUGGUCUGGUGACACCACUGACCCAACCCUCUUCGGCUGAGUCGUGCUAUCAAGAAGCGUUCACACCACUUGAAGAGAUGCAGUUUCAAAAUCUCGACAACACAUAUUCCUUCCCUAGUCAAGCCGGCCAGGACGCAUUUUGGCUACCGCAGCAACCCCUGACUCUACGGUAUCCUAUACACCAGCCUUCUAUUUACCAACAAUCACUACCAAGUGACCACCAAAUCCCCUUCACCUACACAUCCGCACCUGAUUUGACCACAGGCACAGCGCCACCAACACCGGAUUUGGUGGCGAUUUCGAAUGAUGCAGUCGGCGAAAGUGGAAAGCCGUCGGUGGUGCCACAGACCGAGGACGAGGUGCUGGUAGGGAUGGGUCUCUACGAUGCGCCCUCACCUUCAAACUUUACUACGUCGCACGAGCGUCAGAUGGUUCUUCCUCACAGAGGAUCUGCAGGCAAGGGAUUGAAACUCGAGGAAACCUUUCACCCAUCGAACGAAGAUGCUAGUGAGAGCGAGGAUGACCUCAGCAACGACGAAGACGAGGAGACUGAAGCGACUGACCCAUUUCUCUCAGCACCAGAUCAUCAGAAGUCCCAGCCAAGUGAGCUUGCAUCACAUCCGGCCAUCGCCACACUCGCAGACCAAUCCUUCUUUUUUGAGAAUGACCCUGACGGUGAUCAACUUCAACAAGCUCAUGAACAGCACUUCACGGCCCCCAUUUGGACGGAUGUCUACAGUGGUGCUCCCUGUCAAUGGAUUUAG